GAAUCACUCAGGUGUAUCUCCCUCUGUGAUCCUGAGGCUGUCCAUGCCUUCAUCCUGGUCCUACCUGUGGCUCCCCUCACUGAUGAAGACAAGGGAGAGUUAGAGACCAUCCAGGACACAUUCAGCUCUCGAGUCAAUGACUUCACCAUGAUUCUGUUCACCGUGGACUCAGAUCCUACAGAUACAGCUGUUGUUAACUUUGUAAGACAAGACAAAGACAUUCAGAAGCUCUGUCAGACUUAUCGAGGACGAUAUGUUGUUCUCAACAUCAAAGAAAAGCAAACCAUCAUGAACCUUCUGCAUGAAGUGGAAAAUAUGAAAGCUGAAGGAUCCAAAUGCUUCACUAAGGACAUGUUCACCAAAGCUCAAAUGGAGAAGGUAACAAGACUUAAAGCUGAACUGCAGGAAGUUAAACGCAGGAGUGUGGCUUCAUCUGAUGAUGCACAUCAAACUGAACAGUCCAUCAGGAUGGUGCUGCUUGGAAAAACUGGCAAUGGGAAAAGUGCAACUGCAAACACCAUUUUGGGCAAAAAGGUGUUUUUAUCUAAAAUCAGUCAGAUUUCUGUGACCAGAGAAUGUCAGAAAGCAGCAGGAGAGAUUGAUGGAUGUCCUGUUGUUGUGGUCGACACCCCCGGCUUGUUUGACACAAAACUGUCCAGUUAUGAAGUUCGACAAGAGCUUCUGAACUGUAUCAGCAUGUUGUCUCCUGGACCUCACGUGUUCUUACUGGUGCUACAGAUCGGUCGAUUUACAGAGGAGGAGAAAGAAACUGUGAAAAAGAUCAAAGAGAUUUUUGGAAAGAAGUCAGGAAACUUCAUCAUUGUUACCUUCACCAGAGGAGAUGAGCUUGAAGACACAUCCAUUGAAAGUUACAUAGAAGAAGACUGUUCUGAUUUUGUAAAAACUCUGAUUGAUGACUGUGGAGGCAGAUACCACGUCUUCAACAACAAAGAUCCAAAAAACCGUAGACAAGUGACAGACCUGCUGAUGAAAAUUGAAGCCAUGUUGAAAGACAAUGGUGGCAGAUACUACACCACUGAGAUGUUCCAAGAGGCUGAGGCAGCGAUACAGAAGAAAGUGGAGAGGAUACUGAAAGAGAAGGAUGAAGACAUGAUGAGAGAGAGGGAGGAGCUUAAAAGGAAACAUGAAGAAGAAAUGCAAAAAGUAAAAAGAGAAAUGGAAGAAAAGAUCUCUAAAUUUGAAUCUGAGAAAGAGCAGAGUAUGAAACAACUCAAACAGAUGGAGGAACGCAUUAACCAGGAGCGAGAAGCGAGAGAGAGAGAACAGAAAAUCAGAGAAGAUGAGGAGAGAAAGAAGAAAGAAGAGGAAGAAACUCAACGAGAACAAUGGAAACAAAAACUGGAAACUUUGGAGAAGCAAAUAGAAUCUGAAUCAAAGGAAGAGCUCAUCAGAGAGCUGGAGCAAAACAGAGAAGAAAUGAGACGAGAGAGAGAGGCCUGGGAGAUGGAAAGGAAAGACUGGUGGGACAAUAGGGAUCAAGAAAGUAAACCGAGACAAGAAGCAGAAGAAGUGAAAAUUAAAAAGCUGACAGAAAAAUAUGAAAAGGAAAAAGAAGAUUAUCACAGAAGAAUAAAAGAUUACAGUGUCAGAAUAGAACAGGAGGAAAGAAAAAGAAAAGAAUUAGAGAAAGACCACAAGAAAAAAAUGAAACAAAUGAAGCAGAAACAUGAAGACGAGGCCAGAAAUCAAGCUGAAGACAUCAAUGACUUCAAAGAGAAAUACACCAGGGACUUUGAAUCUCUGAUAGAGAAAUACAAUGAUGAGAUAAGGAAUCUGAAGCAGGAGCAUGAGAAACAGAAACAUAAUUAUGCUGAUUUGCACAAGGUCUCCAGUGACAGAGAAGAAAGACUGAAGAAAGAAUCGGAGGAAAUGCAGAAAAAGCAUGAAGAA